AGAAUUUUUUUUCACAUGAUAAGAGUAUCCAUGACGCGAAAAGCGAGAAACUUCGUAUCCUCAACUCUUGGGCAACAAAUGCCAAUAGCUUGUGGAAGUUUUCGUCAUUCGCCUGAGUCUGCUUGAGUCUCGCGGUCGGACACUCUUCGUUCCAUCACUCCUUGUUCUGAUUCGGAUAGCCCCUUGGCGGAAGGUACGUAACUCAUUCAAGGUCGCCGAAGAGCAGACGACAUAGGAACAGAAGUGAAUUAAAAUAUAAUCACCUGAGGAAAUUGAUCUUGAAGAUGGCACGUUUUGUGACACAAAUAACAAAGCUGGCGGUUAGGACUAUCUGCGUUCAAGAUAGCCAAUUCCUCGCGACAGCGUCGAGACCGGCGUCAAUCUUCAAAAUACGUCACAUAACCACUAGUCAAUGCGUACGAGCGGAGAGAUGGUAUACGGAUAAGCACGAAUGGAUAACAGUUGAAGGAAAUAUUGGUACAGUGGGCAUUUCUCAUUAUGCUCAGGAUGCUCUGGGAGAUGUAGUUUAUGCACAGCUUCCUGACGUUGGAGUUACAAUUAGUAAAAAUGAGGAGUGUGGUGCUUUGGAGUCUGUAAAAGCUGCUUCAGAGGUGAUAAGUCCAAUCAGCGGCAAGGUAUUAGAGAAGAACGAAGCUGUAGAGAGCAAGCCUGGUUUAAUUAACAGCUCUUGUUAUGAAGAUGGUUGGUUAUUCAAAAUAGAAUUAUCAAAUCGUGAAGAAAUCAAGACACUAAUGGAUGAGAAGUCCUACGAUCAGUAUCUAAAGAGCGAUCCACACUAGUGACCUCUAUUACCAUACCAUUAAUCACUACAAGACCCUGUUAUCAAUUCGCGUCAAGAGACAUUCACGAUAUCAACAUUGAUAACACAUACUUAGCGAUUAAUAAUUGAUUGUGAAAUAGCAAGUAUCCCUCUAAUCGUAUUUAUUUAAAACAAGAACUAUUAUGAAUUUUCAUGAACGCCUCAAUAAGUUUUGAAAAUAUCUAACGUACACGACCAAGUUUUAUUAACAUACAUCUAGCAAAAGCUUUUACCUUGUUGGAACCUCAUUUAGACAACUCGUUUAUGAAUUUUCCAUUAGAAUUCCAAUAUUAACAAUCCGUUGCUUGAUUUAACUAAGAUUCUAUUUUUAUCCUAUCAAUAGCGUUCGCCAUUACGAACUGCGCUAAGUAUUUUAAUGGUAUCAAACUUCACAGCAAGUUAGAAAUACUUAUGAGUAAAACCGUUGAUAAUGUAUCAAAUCAUCAUUAAUAAUAAUUAUAGUUAAAUAAAUGAUGCGCAUAUACUUAUGUACAUAUAACGUAAGGAAGUAUAACGUUUGAUGAAAAUUAUCAGGCAAUUUGAAUGAGUCUCACGAAUCUGUAAACUGCAUGUGUCGCUCGCUACGAAGAUAAUAUCUUCUUCUUGUCCGGUACAUGAAUAUAAAAUAAUUCAAGAGUAAACACGUAAUGAUGAAUUUCUAUUACUGCAUGUGACGCGUUACGACUAAAGAUAAAUGCGAGAAUCGCGUGAAUAUCGUUAAUUGUAAAUUGGAGGAUAGUUAACGAUAAACGCGGCCAAAGUUUUAUUAUAUCGUUGAAUCUAAGGAGGAACAGUUGUAUGUUAAUAAUAAAGAUAUAUUUACAGUCAA